AUGGGGUAUCUUUCGUCUCUUUCCGUACACGUUCGGGGAAUCGCUCAGGCAAUCGCCUCAAUCUCAUCCUCAAUUGUGGACCAUGUCACGCUGAAACGAAAACGUGAAAAUGAAGAUUCUGACGAGGAGGAUGAUUUGGAUCCCCUUGACAUAGAUCCAUUCGACGCAGUAUUGGAAAGGGUGAAAGUGAAGCAUAUCGGUAAACACGUGGCCGCGAUUCGCGCGAAGAUUCAACCAAGUGGCAAGAAGAACAUUCCUGUCGUUGAGGUUGGGUCUCACACUUUCUUCCCGGCUAUCGAAACCCCUGAUCAAUUCGACGAAGACGAUGCCGAGGCCCUUCGCUCGGAAGUAUUGACAAUGAUCAUGUUGCGACGUGAAACAACUAUCCCAAUCCCCGAGGUCUUUUCAUACGACAAUACAUGCAAAAACAGGCUCAAAGUUCCCUUUAUCCUCAUGGAGUUCAUUGAGGGUCGGCCUUUGACUGAGGCAUGGCAUUAUCGGGAAUCUCCAAAAGAAGUUGACAUGGCUGCUGCGUAUCUCCAACUUGCAAAAUACAUGUUCAACGAAAACAAGCCCUUGAUAUUUGACGACCAAGAUCGCCUUAUUGGUGUUGUGCCAUGGAAAGAUGACUUUGUGCUUCAAGAGUUGCUGAAGCUUCUUCGGAUGUUUGCCGACUGGACUCCAGAGCCAAUUGCUGGAAAGUCAUUUGUUAUGACCCAUCCAAACCCCAACAUAUUCAACUGUCUUGUUUCAGAUGAUGGUUCUGUGCGGGCAAUCCUCGACUGGCACGGCGCGAAAGCCGAGCCACCAAGUAUAGGGAAUGAGUCGUAUCCACUAUGGCUGAUGCGCGACUGGGAUCUGACCGUGUACGGUUGGACCGAAGAGAUGGAACAUAGAAUCAAGGACGAGGAUUGGAUGUUGGAAGGCUCACCGGAUACGCUGGAGUUCUAUCGAAACAUCUAUGUGCAAUGUAUCGCAAAUCUGCGGCCAGAAAGCAAGAACGCCAGAUUGACCCGCAAUUCCCCUCUCUUCCGACAUUUGCUGGUGUCGAUGUUUAGCUUGGGCAGGGCCAGAAAAAUCUUGGACGAAGUUAUGAAGCGAGUGGUGAAGAACGGGAAUGAUAACAGCUGGCCAUUGAACCCAUCCAACACCGGUAAAGACAACAAUGACAGCGAAAACCACAGUUCUGCCAAAGAAAAUGAUGCGAUAGGCCAGGACAAUUCACCCAAGGAGACCGAGGAUAAAGCGGAACAUGGUGGUAUCGAAGCAGAUAUUGAUGAAGAACAUCUAGUUGAUAUUUGUGGAUUUCUCAAGGCCUUGGACAAAGAUGCUAACUUCGAGAUUGUGCCCGACUGGUGUUCGAUGUAUGUAGUGAUGCACAAUGACUUCAAAGACUGCAGUUGUUAA